AGAAGAAAUCUCAGAGAAACUCGAGAACCCAUCAAUGGCGAAAGACCAAGAAGUUGUUUUAACCAAGCUUGACGAUGCAAGAACUCAACUAUUUCACUUCAAGGCCAUUGUCAUCGCCGGCAUGGGCUUUUUGACCGACGCCUACGACCUCUUCUGUAUCUCUCUCGUCACCAAACUCCUCGGCCGGAUCUACUACCACGUUGACGGCUCGUCGAAGCCCGGAAGUCUGCCGCCAAACGUGGCUGCGGCGGUGAACGGUGUCGCACUGUGCGGGACCCUAGCCGGACAACUUUUCUUCGGGUGGCUUGGCGACAAGAUGGGUCGGAAGAGGGUUUAUGGGAUUACCCUUAUGCUCAUGAUGUUCUGCCCUAUAGCCUCGAGGCUGUCGUUUGGAAGCUCGUCACGGGCUGUGAUGGGGGUGGGGAUACUUUUGGGAGGGCUGGUGGCUCUUACCGUGUCAUCUAUUUUUCGUGCGAAAUUUGAUGCUCCACCUUAUUCAGUCGAUCCAUUAGGCUCAACUCCAGCUGAAGCGGACUAUGUAUGGCGGAUUAUCCUCAUGUUAGGGGCUGUGCCGGCGGCGUUGACCUAUUAUUGGCGGAUGAAGUUGCCGGAAACAGCCCGUUACACUGCCUUGGUUGCCAAGAACGCUACCAAGGCCAGCGAGGACAUGUCCAAAGUAUUGAACGUAGAAAUUCAAGCAGAGAAAGAGAAGCCAUUGGAUAUCAAAAGCAACUCCUUUGGCCAAAACUUGUUCCAGAAGGACAUCUUCAGUGCAAUUGGGUGGCUUCCAAAGGCACCCACCAUGAGUGCACUUGAUGAGCUUUACAAAAUUGCAAGAGCUCAAUCCAUUUUAGCCUUCUGUGGUACUUUUCUUGGAUACUGGUUCACUGUCUUCCUCAUCGACCGAAUCGGGCGUUUCUCUAUCCAAUUGCUAGGGUUUUUCUUCAUGACUGUGUUCAUGUUUGCACUUGCAAUUCCAUAUAACCACUGGAUACAAAAAGGAAAUCAUGCAGGGUUUUUGGUGAUGUAUGGACUGACCUUCUUUUUCGCCAAUUUCGGGCCUAAUAGUACUACAUUUGUAGUGCCGGCCGAGGUUUUUCCAGCUCGGCUUCGAUCAACAUGCCAUGGAAUUUCUGCUGCUGCUGGGAAGGCCGGUGCAAUUGUGGGAGCGUUCGGGUUUUUGUAUGCUGCUCAGAAUCAGGACAAGUCCAAGGCCGAUCCGGGAUACCCUGCUGGAAUUGGAAUGAGAUAUGCUCUUAUGGUGCUUGGAGUGAUCAAUGUACUUGGGUUGUGUUGCACAUUUUUAGUGCCCGAGACGAAGGGUAAGUCGCUUGAAGAGAUGUCUAGAGAGAAUGAAGAAGAAGAGCAGCAAACUGAGGAGACUCACCAGAUUGAAACAGUUUAG